AUGAAGAAGACUGACACCAUCGUGUUGGGGCCAAAGCCAACUAAAGCAUGCGUUAAUUGCCGCAGGCUGAAGAUGAAAUGUGAGGUCGAUGGCGCGCCUCCGUGUCGCCGAUGCCGCCACACCAACACCGCAUGUCUAUUUAAGCCUCGGUCCAAUGCUGCUGUGGCGCACGAAGUGAUAUCGAUGCCACCAGGAGCCCAAAAUCCGGCUUUCUAUCCUCAAACAGCGCCAUCAGAUCAAGACGCGCAAUCCAUUCUUGGCCGGCUAGACCGGAUCGAGGCUGUUUUGGGUAUCAAUAAAGAAAGGCCUACUACCUCGUCAAUCAGUGUAACGUCGGAUCUGGACGAGGAGGUAAUGGAUGUGUCUUUCUAUGACUUAUGGGCAGCGGCAAAACAUUUGAGAGCGAUCACUCGUCCUCCACAGGACGACAGCAUUUGGUCACGUCCUACGAUCAAGAGGUUAUGGGCCAAAUUUCUUGAUAAUUUGCCCCUUUUGCAUUUCCUGAAAGAUCAAAAUACUUUUUCCUCCCCUUCGCCCCUCUUACUCGCUUCUGUUCUUUACAUAUCUGCACUACACAGUCCAUCGACUGAACUCGCGUCACUGGCUGGUGGGUACUUGGUGGCCAUCUGCAGUGCAAUUGCUGAGCUUGUUAUUCCAAGCCCGUUGCCAACCCUCCUUAACUGGUCGAGCGCAAACCUAAGACACCAUGACCAUUCCGGCAGUGGAGAGGAGCAACACGUAUUCCAAGAUAUUCUUGGCUUGAUCAUGGCAAGCCUCUGCUCGGAGGCAUUCGUCGAGACUACGGACAAGUGGAUAGCUAUAGCCUACCGACUUUUGCUAGAUCACUGUCCAACUGGAGCAGAUAACACGACCCAGGAUUGGCCUGGCUUAUUCUCAGGAAUUCAAGUUAUCGAUAUUGAGCAUGCAUCCAUGCACAUGUGCCAUCCUUUGCUGCCUAGACAGCCUCCUACUUCGGCUUUGCAGAAGUUAAACAGCCAUGAAGGGGAUGCUUAUCGGGGCCUGACUCAGAUAAUGCACCAUGGACUCAGCCACUUUGUGAGACGAGGACUUCCGACCAUUUGGUCCUUCGUGAGCGCAAGGGAGCCCGACACAUUGCCUGCGGUGCGGGCACCUUUCACCGACGAAGACUCCCAGGUUAUUCGGCUGUGGGCAAAGAAGCUGGACGACUGGCUUGUUCGAUAUAAUGGGACAUCCCAACCGUCCCCGUCAGACCGACAGGGAAUCGUCAUCCUCCUGCAAUAUCACCUUCACAAACUAUAUGUCCUCUCCAUAUAUCAUCCGGCCCGAGGAUUUGAUCUGUCUUCCGCGAAAAUAACCCCGGCCGAAAGGCAUGAAUUGUUGGUAUCGGCUCGAGCGGUGCUACGGUUACGCCAGGACGAUGCCAGUAUUUGGUCGAACUGGGACCUUAUAAUGAUCACCUGGGCGGCAAUGCUUCUCCUCCGCGGCGUCGAAGACGGCGUCACACACCAAGACGACCUCCGCCUCAUUCAAUGCCACCUCCAAAGCCUCAAACUCAGCCACCCAUCAGCACCAAGCAUCCACGCCAUCCUCGCCGACCGGCUUCAAUCUGGAAUUCAGAGCAUGAACACCCCUCCGGACAUAGGACCCGAGCUAUCAAUCCCCGGCCCGCAGGCAGACUAUUCCUGGACCAUCUUCGACCAGGAGAUCAUGCCGCUUGCGAACCCGCCGUGGCUGUUCGAAGGCGCCGCCGCAGCCUCCUUGGCCUCGGUGCCGCCGCAGCUAGCGCAGCAGCAGUCACCCAUUCAGUCUGUCGGAUAUAGCACGCAUGGUAACUUGGGCGCUGGUCAUCAUCAUCCAGCGGCUGCCUACCCUGCCGCCGGCGAGCAAUGGGAACAUCAUACGGCGUCGGCGUCGGCGUCUUCGGUACGUCCCCCGCCACCGCCGCCGUCGAGGUUUAAUCGGAUGUUUGGCCCCGGGAAUGUGCCCGGUGAGAAUAACAAUUACUUGAUGUGA